UUCAAUAAAGACACCAAAGUUCAAGAACAACAAUAUAGUUCAAUAACUACACGAGUUCAGAAAAUGACACGAGUAUCAAUAUAUGUUUAUUAGGUAAUGUCAAGGCUGGAAAUCUACUGGGAGUGGGAGUGCAGGGGCAUCAGUUUAAUUUUCAAUCAUUGAUGCUUUUUAACUUACUUGGACUCUAUGCUAUUGUCAGUUACAUCAAGUGACACUGUCCAGUUCCAACAAUCUUCGGGGCCUGCUCGUACAGUUUUAUCACCCAACUUGUACAGUACAGGCGUAACUUAGUAAAGACCCAAUCGUUCCAUGACUAUAGCUGGUCCAUUAUAAUAGCUUUAAAGCCCCUCUUCAAAAUUUGCUGUUGAACUGCCUCUGCUAAUAUAUUUCACAUAGCCUUGCCUUUUAGCUAUUGGUUUAAGAUUAGAAAUCAGUCUUUGGAUUAUCCUGAUAGGCUGCUUGAAGUUACAAAAAUUUAUAAUUCAAGGGAGACAUAUUUUUUUAACCAUUGCUUGGGGGGGGGGGUGUUUGUGGUUUAACUCACCUAUAUUAACGUGAAGUUUAGGGAGUAGGUGAGGAAAACCAUUAUAAUAUCUGAUUUAAGAGAUGCUUAACAAAUAAUUAGGGAUUUUAAGUGAUAAUAUUGCCUUUAUUUAUUUAGUUUUGACUUUUGUAUAUAUCAUAAUCUCUUUUUAUCUGACUGAUUUUAUAAUUAGGUGCUUCCUUGGUUGGGAAUACUCUGUAGAUGAUGAGAAAAAACAUGCAGUGUAUGAUGGAGGAGGUGCUGCUUACUGGAUGUCUGUAAAGAUCUAA